AUGGGAGCAUCGACCAAAAAUUCUUCAAAAAGAACAAAGAAUUCUGCUAUUGGGGCACACUCAUCAUCGUCUAACCUCGCGACACCUUCAAGUUAUGAGUUUAACUCAUCAUCACCAAUGGAGCGUCUAAUGGGACAACAAGCAGCAAAAAGAAAGAGUAAGGCAAAGGAAAAUGCAUCUGAAUCACCUUCUAAUGUUGUGCAGGAAACAUGGAAUAAAAGAGUAGCGACAAUGGAAAGACUAGCUCAAUGUAAGGAGGACGAGAUGGAGUAUAAGGCAAUGCAAUUACUCUCGAAAGACACUUCUAUGAUGAAUGAUAGUCAACGAGAUAUUCAUGAAAAAUAUUGUAAUGAGUUGAAGAAAAAAAUAUGGAUUUUAGUUAUUAUGAAAAGAUGUAGUACUUAUUAUGUAUCAACACCUAUGUAA